GAAACAAGAUCCAGCCUAGACACUUCUAAAGGAGAUUAAAGACUGAGACGAAGAAAGCACCUUCCAAAAAGACAAAUGAAAUAUCUCAAUGUAAGAGGAUUCUGGGCAGAUUAGGACAGGAACACAUAAGGUAUUUAUAGAAGACCUGGGACAGAAAUAGCCGUGUAUAGUCAAUGCGAUGCCCCAGAAACCCACUGAGAACACAACAACAGCACUUGCCGUCAGAAAAAGUGUGAUGGAUCUGGAGUCAUCUGGAGGGGGUUUGGACGAGGAUGUGGACACUCAACUCAUGAUCGAGCAGAGUCUCAAGCAGCGUCACAAACAAGCGGAGAUCACGAGCUCUUCCUCCGGUGAAUCCUGCAGGAUCAUUCAGAUCACUCCUGAGAGAGAGAAGAUAUUCAAUGCAAUAAAGCAUGGUGAUGAAAAGUCCCUCCGUAAGCUGACUGUCCAUCAGCAAGCGUUCUCUGAAGAGGACGACACAGGCUUCAUCCCCUUACACGAGGCAGCCAUACAAAACAACCAGAACAUCCUUGAGAUCACAUUUACAGCCUCUCCUGAGGAUGCCAAACACAGAAAGACUCAUCGGGGUAAGACGUGUCUCUUCUUAGCGGUGGAGAAAGGGCUUUUGGACAACGCCUGUUUCCUGCUGGAGCACGGCAGCAGUCCGGAUGCCUUGGAUAAGGAGGAAGACUCGCCUCUCGUUGUAGCCAUAAGAAAUAACCAUUACGACAUGACGAAGCUCCUGCUAAACCUCAGUGCCAGAGUUAACCAGGAGGGAGCGAACCGCAGGACAGCCCUGCAUGAAGCCGCUCGGCUCGGCCUGACGGAUUUCGUGGAUCUGCUGCUGAAGUACGGAGCUCAUCCCGACCCCAGAAGCUCCUACGGAUUGACGCCGUUAGCUUUAGCUGCACAGGCCGGAAACCUGGAGAUCAUCCGAACGCUUCUCCGGAGAGGUGCUGAUGUGGAGUCUCAGGCUCAGGAUUGUGCAUCAAUAUUAUUUGAGGCGUCUGCUUCAGGAAACCCUGACGUCAUCUCAUUCCUGCUGGAGUACGGCGCUGAUGCUAACAUCCCCAAACACACGGGACACCUGCCCAUCCACAGAGUGGCCCACCGCGGACACGUCAAGGCCCUGGCUCUGCUGAUCCCGGUGACGUCGUUGGAAGCGGUGGAUGACAGUGGGAUCAGUCCUCUUCACUCGGCGGCGGCCGGUGGACACACACAGUGUCUGGAGAUGCUGCUGAAGGCCGGUUACGACCCUAACUUCAUGCUGCACCCAUGGGUGCGCCGCAGCUAUGAUGACAAGCGCCAGUCUGCGCUCUACUUCGCCGUCUCAAACGAAGACAUCGCCUCCACCCGAGUCCUGCUGGAGGCCGGAGCCAUGCCAAACCAGGAUCCCGUCAAGUGCCUGCAGGUGGCGCUGCGGAUGGGGAACUACGAGCUGAUCAACCUGCUGCUUCGCUACGGAGCCAACGUCAAUUACUACUGCAGAGUGAACACCACGCACUUCCCUUCGGCCUUACAGUACGCGCUGAAGGACGAGGUGGUGCUGCGGAUGCUGUGUAACUACGGUUAUGACGUGGAGCGAUGCUUUGACUGUCCGUACGGAGAGGGAUCGCACGUCCCGCACGGAUACGAGGGCUGGAGUGACACGGUCAUCAAAGACACACUGUUCUGCGAGGUCAUCUCUGUCUCGUGGCUCAAGCAUCUCUCGGGAAACAUGGUUCGCAUCAUGCUGGAUUACGUCGAUCAUGUGACCUUUUGCUCCAAACUGAAGGCUGCGCUUAUGGAGCAGAAACAGUGGCCUGAAAUCUGCCAAAUUCAAGAGAACGCCCGCUGUCUGCAGCAUCUCUGUCGGCUGAAGAUCAGGGCUUGUUUGGGUCGGUUGCGUUUGAGAGCUCCGAUCUUCAUGAGCUUCCUUCCAUUACCAGACCGACUGAAGCAAUACAUCCUUUACAGAGAAUAUGAUCUCUACGCUCAGAAGCAAUGAAGCAGAGCAUGCACCUGGAGAAACACAGUGUUCAGUCUUACAGUGUUCCUGUAGCUCAAAUGGUAACGCAUAGCAAGUGCAAGGUUGUGGGUUCGAUUCCCAGGGAACACAUGUUAGGUAAAUUGUUAGCCUUAAUGCACUGUGAGUCGUUUUGGACAAAAGUGUCUACUAAAUGCAUAAAAAUAAAAAAAACUGUUAGAGCUAAUGGACACUCCAUAAUAGACUUAUUGUCCAGAAUUAUGUGCAUAUUAUUUAAAUACCAUUAAUAUGAAAUAUGAGCAAAGUCUUAAUGUUAACAAAUGUUAGCAAAUAUAUAUAGAACCAGAGGUAUAGAACGCAAUAAUUUUUUCAAAUAAAUAAAUAAAUAUUUGUUUCAAGAAAAUAUAACCAUUAAUGCAUUUAUUCAUGAAGAAAAGUGUUUUUUUUUUUUUUUUUGGAAAGUACAUCUGUGUAAAAAGUUUUUUAUCUAUAUAGAGAUAACUUUUA